AUGUCGUCGGUGCCCAUUCCGGUUCCGGGUGGUGCGGGCAGGAUGGGAUUGGGGAAGAUGGCGGCGGCAGCAGGAGGGUCCGGGCGGGGUGGGCUGGGGCGGGCGUGGGUCUUCUCCGGGUGGGCCCUGGGUCUCUGCUCCCUUCUGGCCUCGGGGACGCGGCUCGCAGCGGCCACCACCCACUGGGUGGUCACGGAGGAUGGGAAGAUCCAGCAGCAGGUGGAUUCACCAAUGAACUUGAGGAACCCUCACGAUUUGGUGAUACUAAUGAGACAAGAAACAACAGUUAAUUACCUCAAAGAACUGGAGAAACAGUUAGUUGCUCAAAAGAUUCAUAUAGAGGAAAAUGAGGACAGAGACACAGGGCUGGAACAAAGGCAUAAUAAAGAGGAUCCAGACUGCAUUAAAGCAAAGGUGCCCUUGGGGGACUUGGAUCUGUAUGAUGGCACAUACAUCACCUUGGAGAGCAAAGACAUCCGCCCUGAAGACUACAUAGAUACCAAGUCUCCAGUGCCUCCAGACCUGCAGCAGCCAGACUGUACAAAAGUCCUAGAUCUUCCAUACAGUAUUCAUGCCUUUCAGCACUUACGGGGUGUCCAAGAAAGAGUGAAUCUUUCUGCACCCUUGUUACCUAAAGAAGAUCCCAUCUUCACAUACUUGUCACGGAGGCUGGGAAGGAGUAUAGAGGAAAUAGGGCAUCGUAUUUAUGAUGGGCUCAUGAAGAAUUCUUCUUCCUGGGUACUCUAUAAUAUGGCUUCUUUUUACUGGAGAAUAAAGAAUGAGCCAUACCAAGUAGUAGAAUGUGCCAUGCGUGCCCUUCACUUUUCUUCCAGGCAAAAUAAGGAUAUUGCACUGGUAAAUUUGGCAAAUAUUCUCCACCGGGCUCACUUCUCUGCAGAUGCAGCUAUUGUGGUCCAUGCAGCUCUGGAUUACAGUGACUUCUUUACCAGCUAUUACACUUUGGGAAAUAUAUAUGCAAUGCUUGGAGAGUACAACCACUCAGUCCUGUGUUAUGACCAUGCUCUACAAGCCAAACCAGGGUUUGAGCAAGCUGUGAAACGGAAGCACGCUGUCCUCUGCCAGCAAAAACUUGAACAAAAAUUGGAAGCCCAGCAUAGAUCACUUCAGCGAACAUUAAAUGAAUUGAAGGAAUAUCAGAAGCAGCAUGACCAUUACCUCAGGCAGCAAGAUGUUUUAGACAAGUACAAGCUCAUCCAGGAGGAACAAAUCUUGAGGAACAUCAUUCACGAGACACAGAUGGCAAAAGAAGCUCAAUUAGGAAACCAUCAGAUUUGUAGACUGGGCAACCAGCAGCACAGCUUGCACUGCCAGUGGGACCAGCCUGUUCGCUAUCACCGUGGGGACAUUUUUGAAAACGUGGAAUAUGUUCAGUUUGGUGAAGACUCUUCAACUUCUAGUAUGACCUCUGUGAAUCUGGAUCUUCAUGGAAACCAAAGUGACCCCAGCCAGUCCUUGCUGAGCUCCCCUGUGGCUCGUUCUGUUGUUUCAGUGUGGAGUGUAGAAUCCCAGAGAGACAAGCAGCAUCUUCUUUGGCCUCGGCGAUCAGAGUGCAUGAAAUCUUUUCCCAAAAUUCCUAAUCCAGAAGAUCUGCCAACUUAUUUCCUGCCUCCAGAAAACAGAGGGUUCAGAGUCCAUCCAAUCCUGAGUGUCCCAAGAGAUCCUGCUGGGCAUGGAGAGACCCAAGCACCAGAUUGUUCUUCCAUUACUGAUGCUCGUAACAAUGAGUCCCUAAACACACUCCUCAAGGAACUAGAUAGCAAUCUAGGUCUGAAAUUCACAAUGCCAGAUGAGCAAGCAAGACAAGUUUUGCAUUCUCGUAUCAACAAACAGACUGUUACACAGGCGAAGAUAGGAGCAUUCCUAGAGCAUGCCAUGAGAAAGCCAGAAGAUCCUCUGUGGCUUGUGCUCAAUGAAGCUGGAUUGUACUGGCGUGCAGUUGGGAACAGCACCUUUGCCAUCACCUGUUUGCAAAAAGCCUUCAACUUGGCUCCACAUGAGUAUCAGGACAUCCCUCUGGUCAAUCUUGCUAACCUCUUGAUUCAUUAUGGUCUUCAUUUGGAUGCCAGCCAGCUCCUGCUGAAGGCUUUGGCCAUCAAUGCCUCGGAGCCCCUGACUUUUUUGAGCCUGGGAAAUGCAUAUCUGGCUCUGAACAACAUCAGUGGAGCCCUGCAGGCCUUCAGACAUGCACUGGAUUUGACAACAAAAUGCUUGGAAUGUGAAAGCAGCCUGAAGAUGAUUCGCUGCCUGCAGUUUUAUCCCUUUCUGUACAACAUCACCUCUUCUGCUUGCAGUGGCCACUGUCAUGAGAAGGAUCCAGAUGGCAGUCAUGACAAGGAGAAAUACUUUGAUGCCCACCAUGAGUCAGUUACAGAGGUGGCAGAAGGACACUCCAAGGGAGGUACAGCAGAUCCAGAAGUCCUUCCUCAGAAUUCAGCAAGGGAUUCUUCCUUUUUGAGACUGGAAAACGCGGUCACAGCGGAGAGCAACGGCUCAGAAAGAGUGGAGGGGGUGGAAGAGGAUCAGAUGUCUGAGGAGAUGCUGGCUUUGGUGGAUGAGUUUGAAAACUCUUGGCCUCAGGAAGCUUUUGAAGGGGCGCUGGAGGUAAAAGGACGUCGGAUGGACCUGCAGGGAAUCCGGGUCCUGAAGAAGGGCUCCCAGGAUGGACUGGCCACCUCCUGUUUUGGGGACUGCGCUGAUGAUGAUGAUGAAGCUGAGUGGAUCACUUUUCAGGUCAAACGUUUAAAGAAACCAAAAGCUGAAAACUUGGAUCUCCAGGAACCAGUUGGGAGAAAUGGGGAAGAAGGGACUAAUGGAGAAAAUGAAAACUUUUACCAAACUGCCCUGGAGAUCAGUGGACCAAAGAUACCUUCUCCUGGACCAAUAGGCAAAAAACGUGAUUAUCGUAGCCUGGGCUGGCCAAGUCCUGAUGAGUGCCUGAAACUCCGCAGGGUGGAGCUCACAACUGUGGCCAGCACAUGGCUUGCUGUGUCUGCUAAAAACAUUGACAUUACAGAACACAUUGAUUUUGCCACACAGCUGCAGGAACCAGCCAUGGAGCCCCUCUGUAACCCCAGCCUGCCAGCCAGCAUGCACACUUUGGAUCACCUGCAGGGUGUCUCUGGUCGGGCCAGCUUGCAUUACACUGGAGAAAGUCAGCUGAAAGAGGUGUUACAGAACCUUGGCAAAGACCAGUACUCACCACAGUCACUGGAACAAGUUGGUACUAGAAUAGCCAAAGCUUUGGAGAAGAAUCAGACUUCCUGGGUCCUUUCCAGCAUGGCAGCUCUUUACUGGAGAGUGAAAGGCCAAGGCAAGAAGGCCAUCGACUGCUUAAGGCAAGCACUGCACUAUGCCCCCCAUCACAUGAAGGAUGUACCACUAAUAAGCCUGGCAAACAUCUUCCACAAUGCCAAACUCUGGAAUGAUGCCAUCAUUGUGGCCACUAUGGCAGUGGAAAUAGCCCCCCACUUUGUGGUCAAUCAUUUCACCCUGGCAAAUGUCUAUGUAGCAAUGGAGGAGUUUGAAAAGGCAAUGAAAUGGUAUGAGUCAACACUAAAACUUCAGCCGGAGUUUGCCCCAGCCAAGAACCGGAUCCGCACCAUUCAGUGUCAUUUACUGCUGAAAAAAGAGCGGCGGGCUCCUUAGGGAGCAGCAUCUUCCUCCUUUCCUAACAAAAACAUUCAUUAUUCUCUCUUUUUUGCUUUUACAUGUGCUAAGAUAAAUUGAGGAAUCAACAUUUUUAACGAGACUUAAAAAAAGAGAUGGGAUUUGGAUCAAGGUUUUUUUUUGGUUGUUUUUUUUUUCUCUAAUACGGGAGCGUCUUUGCCAAAUCCGUUUCAGAGACCAUAAUUUUCAAGCAGCCAUGUAAAUAUUAAACUGAGAAACUUCCAUGAGUCCAUGACCCAGGCACUGUUACUUUUUCUGAGAUUGGCAUCAGCAUCCAAACUAACUUGCUUCAUGCCUUAUGAUCUAAGUCAGUGGAAAUGCAAAGCACACACCUGUACCAAAUAGUAAGGGGAGAUAAUCAGCAGUUCAUCCAUGUGAAACUCAUGCUUUGCCCACUCUUGUUCACUCCUUACCACAUUACUUGCUUUUUUGGAAGGAGAGGGACAGGUUUUAGAAGGUUUAUUAAAAAAAAAAAAUGUUAGGAACAUCAAGCAUUUUUUGGAAUUGUCUAUUUCUGUUGACAGAUGAGGAGAAAAAGAGAAGGGAACAGCAGGACACUGAAGCCAAAGUGGGUUUUGAUCUUAUUUGCAGAAAAAAAAAAUUCACUGAGAAUCCCAAUAAGAUGUUCUAUACUUGUCUAUAUAUUCCUAGCCCCCUGCCUCCCUGAAUGGUUGAUUUACUAAUUCUUUGUUCACUGUAUUUUUAACCAUUUCAGAAUAAGGUGCAAGUUUAUGCUCAACUCUGAGCCACGCUUUCAGCUGCGGAGGAGGUGGGAGGCAGUUCCAAGGAAUCAUCAGCAAAUAAGCCAGGUGGAAGAUUCCCAAAUCAGUUCUCUCUUUGGUUGGUGGAGGACAUGAUUCUCCAGACAUCAUUGUUGAAUCAACAAGGGCACAUAUUUGAAAUAAAAUGAAUUGUUUA